GUAGCCCCUGUGACGCAAUCCGCUGGGUGCUAGGCCACUGUUUGCUGGGCUUACUCUUUGCAACCGCAUAGACGGAUGCUGAAGCAUUGGCAGAGUCGAGCGUACCCACUCUAUCCACGCGCUGUGGCUGGUAGAGUGUCGUCGUUUCUUCUGUUUCGCCUGGGGUAUCUCACCAGGCGGUGGGGUACAGUUGGGACUCAACUGGACCAUUCCCAUCACAUAUAAUACGCCGAUGGUAUCCUGCUUAUCAGCGCGAGGAGAUGCUGGGGGAUCAAUCGCACUCGCUGUAUUCCUACAACACUAGAAAGUACCUGCCUGGGUCUUCCAAAAUACACAGACUUUGCCAAUGCCAUCAGGCGAGCUGGCGUCGUCUCAGCUUGCCGCAGCCAGACACACACAAGCAAAGCCAAGCCGCAAACGCGGAUUAUGUUUCGACACGGGCCAAGGCUCGCGCCACGGAGCGCCUUGUCAAUAGGACGGAUUGCUUGGAGCCUAGCCACGUAAGCGUGGGACCUCUGGAUCUGCCGUCUUAUCGUCAAGCUCCACUACAGCUGGGCAGUCUUGUUUGCUACGACGCGCGAGACGGUGUACAAGGACACAAGGCGCCAGUCACACCGACUUGCAGACGGAUUUGUACAGUUGACUGGCCAAGUUGGCGACGAUGCGGGUAGAGCUUGGUGCGAAUGAUCAGCCCGAAUUUUGAGGUCCCAUACAGAUAAGGUUAAAGACAGUUAAGCAUAAAAUCUGACCCGCUGUUUCGCUUAGCGGACCAGUCGGUGCCGGCACAGCAAGCCACGAGACGCCACAUGCUUGAUUGAGCAGCGCUUUCGUAAGUUUUCACGUCGGCCAAGUAAUGCCAAGCCCUGGCAUGUUGUCCUGAUCUCAGCGCUGAACGGAAUCAUCGCUAGCUAAUGCUGAGUCUGGGUCUGACUCCGACACUCCUAUCCACUCAAUCAACCCUCGCUGCGCUGCAGUGCAGUGUUGUUGCAGCCAGCCCUUGUCCCUCAGGU